AUGGAUUAUCAUCUCUUCGCACCGAUGAGCCAGCGAUACUCUCUCUACAUCCGUCCAGAACAUCACCACAGCGAGAGCGUCCAGAAAAGACAGGCGGAUUACACGAGAGACAUCAGCUCCUACGAAGAAGGAACCGAACCCAUUCCAGAACCUGAGCCCACGAGGAGGGAUGGUGACCACUCGGGUACGGAGAGUGACAGAGACAGAUAUAUCCGCCACGAUUCGAUUGUUCGUUUUCCAGGAGAGAAUGCUAAUGAUAGUGUCACCCCCGUUCCAGGUGAUGCCCCUCAACAGCAUUCUGGAAACAUAGAGAUUCUAUCCUUUCACCCAGAGCAGCAUAGUAGGCCUAACGCCCACUUCAUUCCAGGGGCUAGCCACGAGGUUCCUCGUCCAGCGGGCCAUGAUAUUCCAGUCUUCUUCGCAGGCUACGAUCCAGAACUGCAACCCGGUUACGGCCACGACGAGGAACUGGAAGACAAAAUGGACUCCUACGCUGUCCUGGACGAGUCGGUUUUCGAACACUCCGCCCAGACGUACGUAACACCAGCAACGCCCACGACAGUGCCCACAGAUAUUGGUGCCCGUGACGACUUAGCCGAAUUUGCUCCUGAGAAGACUAGGAUCACGAAGAAGCUGCUGGACAAACCAAAGAAAGUCAUGAAGGUCAUCAAGGCUUCUUCCGACGGGGAGUAUGUUCCUCAGGAGGUCCCCGGCGUCAUGCUGAAAACCAUGAGUGGAGAAGAAGAAGCGUUCGUUCCAGCAGACCUCCUGGAAGACACCGAGAGGCUCAUAACAUCGGCUUCUGAUCAGCAACCCUCCUACGUAGACCCUGCAGCCUCAGUGCCAGUGUCAAGGAAGCCUCCAAUGAGGGGGAUGCCCUAUCAGUUUGGCUGGAUAGUGGACGACGAAGCCACAGCCAACUACCAAACGAGACAAGAAACGGGAGACAGCAAUGGAGUCGUGACAGGUUGCUACCAGGUCCUGGAUCCAAACGGCGUCGUCCGCACCGUUAUCUACCGUGCGGACGAGAACGGAUUCCGUGUCCUGUCCCUCUCCAGGGGCCCCGACAAGACCCCCUGCCCCGGCCUAGACGACGCCACUCGAUCCCCUGUCCCCUCCAAAGCCCCAACUCCCAGUCCCUACAGUCAAUCGGGAUCAGUCUUUGCAGGCAAUACUGGCAGCAUUUCAAACGCCCAGCAGGGCACAUUUAAUCAAAACGUCCACUACCAGUCAUCCUCCGCAUCAGCAUCCUCCUCUAGUCAGUCGCAUAACAGUUCCAGUCAGUCGAGUCAUUUUGGCUCCUUCAGCGGUAAAAACGGCCUUUUCGAGCAGCCUUCGUAUGCCAGAACUCUUGGCCCAAAAGCCCAGCAGUCAAUAGCAGCAAAUCAGUACAACCUCCAAGGAUCAGCACAGCAGGCGUGGAUGGCAGAGUACCUCCAAAACAUCACGAAGAACCUCUAUAGUUCUUUCACCAACUCCUCUACCGUUUCAAACACGAACCAUUAUGGAGGUCAAAGCGAAGGAGCACUCGUCAAUUUCCCGUUCGUUCUCAUCCCCAUCUCGACAUUUCUCGACCUCCAGAAGACGGGGGCCAUUGGACAGGACAUUCAGAGUUACGGUGCUUUUAUUGAACCCCAACAAGGUCAAGCACAGCUGUCUCAGUACCUUCAGCAACAACAGCAACAGCGACAGCAACAGCAACAGCAGAAGCAGAAAGCUCAUAGUGAGACUACACACCAUACAACGUUCAACACCUACAACACAACGAAAUCUGAAUCUCAGCAAAAGUCACAGAAAUCGCAAGGAGUAAACACUGUAAACUACCAAGGAUAUGGUGUUCCUCACCAAGGCAGGCAGCCAGCCAAACAAGUUGCUCAAGGGCACCAGUAUCAAAGCCAUCAGUCAUCAGAGUCAGCUAAGUCCAGCAGCAGUAGUUCAAGCAGCAGCUCCAACUCAGCUUAUCAUAGUAAUUUUGCAGGAAAUCAAGGUUACCCAUCUGGGUCUCAGUUCAACCAAGCACAACCAGCAGCAAGACAACCAGCAGCAAGACCACCACCAGCCACAAGCUACAGCUCAAAGCCUAAUCCCAGAGUUCCUGUUUUGAGUUAUGGACCUCCUCAGACGCACAGCACUCAAGCACCCUAUGUACCACAAACUAUACGACCAAUUACUCAAAAACCAGUAGUGACCAGACCUCCUCUGCCAGUUCCAACACCACAGCCUAGUCAGUAUAGGCCUAUCAAGCAAAACAUCCCUCAGGUGCAGGCAACUCAAAGCUACGGCCCCCCACCUUCUAACAGUGGAGCUUACGGAGCAUACUCGUCGCAAAGUUCUGAGUCUUCCCAGCAGUCGGCAUCAUCUCAAGAAAAGCAGGCUUCAUCUAGCAGCUCAAGUUUCGGCGGUGGAAUAGCCUCUCAGAGUUACCAGUCAUCUUCAUCAAAAGAGGCCAAAGACUCAAAGAGUUCUAAGGCCUCCUCAUCGUCCCAGUAUGCUUAUAACACUGGAGCAAGUGGAGGUGCUGGUAGUCAGUAUGCAUCGCAAUCAAAGUCAUCCUCUUCCUCUUCAUCAUCCUCAUCAACUGCUUCAUCAUCACAGAAAAGCUUCAGCAGCUUCAGCAAUGCAGCAGGUAGUCAUGGCGCACCAAAUUUCCUGCAGACACAUUCAGCACAAGGAUUCCCAGGCUACCCUGAGCUCAGACCAUCAUCUUCUACUGCCGCAGCAACGUAUGUACCCUAUGGCCCCUCCCAGGAAAGUUCAACUUUAGCCCCCACUAGUUCCAAUUCCAUUCCAAAGCCAGCACUGAGUAAGCCUGUUCCUCAGCUCUCUUAUCAACAGCCAAGUCCAGUAGUCUCAGCAGAAGCCAAUGCUUAUGGCUCAUCAAGUCCCUCGUACAAUGAUGAUUACGAUUCAAGUGAACCAGGUCCUGCUUUUGCAGCACCAGUGCCAGAACCUAACAUUGAUAACACAAACAGUUGGAUUCCACUGCAUGACAAUACACAAGAGAAUCAUCAGAAUCUAAAUAUUCCAGGAGCCUACUACGGUCAGAACAAUGUUGCCUCCACUGCGGCAACUUUUAUUCCAGCUCAGCAAUUCAACUCGGCUCAGUUCCCACAGAACGUUGGAGGAGAAGGUGGAAACGUCUUCCACUACUCCUCCUCAAGCCAGAGCUCUCAAGAACAGAGUAGCUCUCAACAGAACCAGCAAGAAUCCAGUUCUUCUUGGAGUUCUUCAGGAGCAAUAAACCCACAGCUAUUUUUCAGCAAGGCAGUACAUCAAGAUGGCCACCCGUCCCAGAAACAGCCCAGACAGCUUCCAGGGCACCAGUUGUAUCAGGUUCCCUCCUGAGCUGCUGACCAAGCCGGGCAAUAGCUGGCAGAAAAGACGCAUAUCAAGUCAUACUCAUUAUGUUAAUAAUUAUCGUACAUUCUCCACACGUUCUGCUUCUGUCUGUUCUGUUAUGAUAAGGUUCAUAGGACAUACGUAUUAUUUUUUACCAGUUAGGUAUAGUAAGAUAUUCUGGCAUGUUUUUCAUCUUUUAUUAUUCAAUAGGAUUUUUGGAUAAACUCAUUUUAUGUCAAUAAGAUGCAUUAGCUCAAAUAUUCUACUAUACGCCUCUCUUACCCUUUUGUAUAUACACAUGCCUUGGUGUUAACCAUUUGUACUUGUGUUUAGAGAUAUAUAUAUAU